AGUUAAUCACCACGUUGCUCCGGUUUGAUUUCGUUCAGUUUCUCGAGAACCAAACACCAAAUUUCACAGUUCAUCCGAGUCGUAAAAGAGAAGCUUCCUCUUUCAGUUCUCAUCCUCUCAGCCUAACCCCAACAAUGGCGAAUCACAGAUUUUGAUCAAAAUCCACUGAAAUGGACAAAGAAACAGAACUACUCUCCCGCCUAGCGGCAAACCAUCUUCAUCUAGCACAAUUCGAGCCACUAAGAGCAAUACUAUUGGCUCUCCGAUCUAAAAGUCCUGACCUAGCUCUAUCAAUACUGCAAACAAUAGUAGCCAACUCAGGACGCUUCGAUAACAUCCUAUGGUCACCAUCGUGCCCAUCUCCGUCUCUUCUCACCUACCUAUCAACCCUAGAACUCUUACAGUAUGGUGCUAACGCCACCUCACGCACAUGGAGCUUCGAUCCUCGUAAUUUAAAAUUGCGAGCGGAGUUUUUGUUGUUAGUUCAAAUACUGAACGACGUUGUAACGGAGAGUAUGAGGAGGAAUGUUGACUUGGAGAGCAUUGAGAAGGAAAAGGAGGAGGGUGAUGAUUUUAGUAGUGAGAAAGAAAAAGAGGAGGGGGAGUCGUUGAAUAGAAGUGAUGCUAGUACUGAGGAUUUGAAAGACGCUGGUGGAGAAUUAGGUGAGAAUUUGAGAAUUUUGGAUAAGUUUGUAGAGUUAGGGGUUAAGAGAUUAAAACCUGAUAUUCUAAUUGAAAGCAAUGAUGUUGAAAAUGCUGCUACCGAGGAGAAUGGAAAUGUUGGUUUGAUUGAAGAAGGAGAGACUGUAUUUUUAAAGAGGGUAAUUCUCGAACAUGCUGAUAUUUUUGAAGCUUUAUGUUCGAAUAUACAGCAACAAUUAGAGGGAGAUGAUGAGAAGGUUGAUAAUUCUGGUUUAGCUAUCACUGUUAGGAGAGAUAAGAAGGCGAGUAAGGAUGCGGAAGAGGAGGCGAAUGUGCUUACUUCGAUUCAAAGAAGUGUUCAGUUCGCGCAUUUGUCCGCUAUUAAAGAUUGUUUGCAGGGAGGUGAUGAAGAUGGUGCCAUUUCUCAUAUUCGCUAUCUGCACGUUGACCGUGGAGUGGAGGAGGCUGAAUAUCGCACGAUUUUGCAAGAUCUCCUUGUGAGGGUUUUGUCAAGAAGGGAAAGAUAUGGAGACUCAUGGAGUGUCAUGCAAGAAAAAAUGCUAUGUAUUUAUGAAGAGGCUCUUUCAACAAACUGUAGUCAACUUGUUGGAUUAAUUCAGGUUAUCCAGGACGACAUGCUCCUUCAGGAGAUUGAGACCUUGCUAGCACUUGACAACAAUCAAAUUCCACCUCCUUUAGAACGCUUUCAAAGAUAUCUUGCAGAAAACAGAGUAGAUGAUGAUUUAAAUGAUCCAUCUCCGUCCUGGAAUAUUGCAGUCAGUUUUUGCAUGAGAGACUUAUACCAUUAUGCACGGGUUUCUGGAUUACAUGUCCUUGAAUGUGUCAUGGAUAUGGUACUCUCUGCUGUCAAGAGGGAGCAGCUUCAAGUGGCCAGUGAUGUCCUUAUGCUAUUUCCGCGCCUUAGGCCCCUUGUAGCUGUAAUGGGCUGGGACCUGUUGUCAGGUAAGACACCACUUCGAAGGAAGUUAAUGCAAUUUCUCUGGACCUCUAAUAAGUCGCAAGUAUUUCGGCUGGAAGAAUCUGCAUUGUACGGUAAUCAAAUGGAUGAGAGAUCUUGCGUGGAAUAUCUGUGCGAUUCAUUAUGCUAUCAACUUGAUCUUGCCUCUUUUGUUGCUUGUGUCAAUUCUGGUUGCUCAUGGAAUUCAAAGUCUUCAUUAUUGCUGUCUGGCAACCAGCAAUUACUGGCUGCAAAUGAAGAUGCUCAAUCAGAACCUUUUGUUGAGAACUUUGUGCUGGAAAGACUUUCUGUGCAGAGUCCUCUUCGUGUGCUUUUUGAUGUUGUUCCAGUCAUAAAAUUCCAGGAUGCUGUUGAGUUAAUUAGCAUGCAGCCAAUUGCUUCGACGGUCGCAGCCUGGAAAAGGAUGCAAGACAUUGAACUUAUGCACAUGCGCUAUGCCUUGGAAUCAAUUGUUCUAGCACUAGGAGUAAUGAGAAGGUUUAUGACUGAUGAAAAAGAGAGUCAUCCUCAAGCAGCUUUAUGCCAUUUGAAAGACCUGCGAAAACAUUUGGAGGCUAUUACAAAUAUUCCCCGCAAGAUAUUGAUGGUCAAUGUGGUAAUUUCGCUUUUACAUAUGGAUGACGUCUCUCUCAAUUUGACUCAUUGUGCCUUACCAGGGACCAAUUCUGCAUCACUCUCUACAUGUCCUUGGGAACAUGAUGAUGUCCCUUCAUGUGAAAGGGGAAAUGAACUGGUUGUUUCUUUCACAGGAUUGUUACUUGAUAUCUUACGUCGCAAUCUUCCACUAGGCACUAUUGAAGAGCAUACACUAAAUGAUAGUAUGAAUACAGGCGGAAGACAGGCCUUAGAGUGGAGAACAUCUCUUGCCAAACAUUUCAUUGAAGACUGGCAAUGGCGUUUGUCAAUUCUGCAGCGUCUUCUACCAUUAUCUGAGCGGCAGUGGAGAUGGAAGGAGGCAUUGACUGUUUUACGUGCGGCCCCAUCCAAGCUUCUUAACCUUUGCAUGCAAAGAGCAAAGUAUGAUAUCGGGGAAGAAGCAGUUCAUCGAUUCUCAUUAUCUGCAGAAGAUAGAGCUACCCUUGAGUUGGCUGAAUGGGUUGAUGGGGCUUUUAGACGAGCAUCUGAAUCCAGAUUGGUAGAAGAUGCGGUGUCACGUGCUGCUGAUGACACUUCAUCAGGGCAAGAUCUUGAUUUUUCUUCUCUGCGCUCCCAAUUAGGUCCUUUGGCUGCAGUUCUUCUAUGUAUCGAUGUUGCUGCGACUUGUGCAAGGUCAGCAAAUAUGUCUCAGCAACUUUUGGAUCAGGCUCAAAUCAUGUUAUCUGAGAUAUAUCCUGGAGGUUCUCCAAAGACAGGCUCCACUUACUGGGAUCAGAUCCAUGAAGUGGCUAUCAUAUCUGUGUCACGUCGUGUCCUAAAAUGUCUGCAUGAAGUGUUGGAACAAGAUAAUAAUUCAGGCCUCCAAGCAAUUCUUUCUGGAGAGAUUAUCAUGUCAACAUCAAAGGAAUUGAUUCGUCAGGGGCAAAAGGAGCGCGCUCUUGGUAUGCUACAUCAGAUGAUUGAAGACGCUCAUAUGGGCAAGCGGCAGUUUCUAAGUGGUAAGAUUCAUAAUCUCGCAAGAGCCAUUGCUGAUGAAGAAACUGAGCUAAAUCUUGUAAAAGGUGACCAACAACAUAUGGAACGAAAAAUUAUGGUUGAUCUUGACAAGGAUGGAGUUCUUGGGCUUGGUCUGAAAGUUGUCAAACAGAUACCCAUAAGUUCAGCAGGUGUAGAAACUAAUAUGCAGUCUGUUGGUUAUGAUUUAAAAGAUACUGGGAAGAGAUUGUUUGGUCCAUUAAGUGCCAAACCUACAACAUACCUGUCACAAUUUAUUCUUCAUAUUGCUGCAAUUGGGGAGAUAGUUGACGGGACUGAUACAACCCAUGAUUUCAACUUUUUUUCUCUUGUCUAUGAAUGGCCCAAAGAUCUUUUAACUCGUCUGGUCUUUGAUCAAGGCAGCACAGAUGCAGCUGGAAAGAUAGCUGACAUUAUGUAUGCUGAUUUUGUCCAUGAGAUCAUAUCAGCAUGUGUGCCUCCUGUUUAUCCACCGAGGUCUGGUCAUGGAUGGGCAUGCAUACCCAUUAUGAGUUGCACAGAUAAUAAAGUACUCUCUUCCUUGUCUAGAGCAGCUAAGUCCAAUUGCGGUAGUAGUUGGUCAGCAACUCCCAAAGUCCCUUUGUACCCUCUCCAGUUGGAUAUUAUAAAACAUCUGGUUAAAAUAUCUCCAGUGAGGGCUGUGUUAGCAUGUGUUUUUGGGAGUGGUAUCCUAUAUAGUGGCAGCGAGACUUCUAUAUCUAAUUCAUCAGAUGAUGGACUAUUGCCUCAACCUGACACUGACAGAUUGUUUUAUGAGUUUGCUCUUGACCAAUCUGAGAGGUUUCCAACUUUAAAUCGGUGGAUACAAAUGCAAACUAACCGCCACCGAGUUUCAGAAGUGGCUGUAACAUCUAAGCAAAAAGCUAGUUAUGAUGAGGUUAAAGCAGAUGCAAGAAUUGCUGUUAAGAGAAUGCGUGAGCAUGAUAGUGAUACUGAGUCCGAUGGUGAUGAUUUCAUUGGUAGCAACAAAAUUGCAACAGCUUUGUCUGACCUCAGCAGUCAAGGUGAUGCAGCUCCUGUUCCGCGGCAGGAUUCCUCAAAAUGUGAUACUGUUGAACUUGAUACAACAGUUUAUCUUUCCCUGGACUGGGAGAAUGAAGAACCUUAUGAGAAAGCUGUAGAGCGAUUGAUUGGUGAAGGAAAGCUAAUGGAUGCUCUAGCACUUUCCGAUCGUUUUUUACGUGAAGGAGCCUCAGACCAGUUACUCCAGUUACUCAUUGAACGUGGUGAAGAAAUCCAUCCAAUGUCUGGCCAGACUCAAGGUUAUGGAGGCCAGGGCAUCUGGAGCAAUAGCUGGCAGUAUUGCUUGCGUUUGAAGAAUAAGCAAUUGGCAGCUAGACUUGCCCUCAAGUAUAUGCAUAGGUGGGAACUUAAUGCUGCUUUAGAUGCACUCACCAUGUGCAGCUGCCACCUCCCAGAGAGUGAUCCUGUUAGGAAUGAGGUUUUGCAAAUGAGGCAAGCUUUGCAGAGGUACAGCCAUAUAUUGAGUGCUGAUGAUCGUUAUAGCAGCUGGCAAGAGGUGGAAGCAGAGUGCAAAGUGGAUCCUGAGGGAUUGGCACUCAGAUUAGCUGAGAAAGGGGCUGUUUCUGCUGCUCUAGAAGUGGCUGAGAGUGCUGGUUUGUCAAUAGAUUUGCUGAGAGAACUGCAGGGUCGGCAACUUGUGAAACUUCUCACUGCAGACCCUCUCAAUGGCGGGGGUCCUGCAGAAGCUUCACGUUUUCUUUCUUCGUUGCGUGACUCUGAUGACGCUUUACCAGUUGCGAUGGGUGCAAUGCAGCUCUUACCAAACCUGCGGUCAAAGCAACUUCUUGUUCACUUCUUCCUGAAACGAAGGGGUGGGAAUCUGUCAGAUGUUGAGGUUUCCCGACUCAACUCAUGGGCUCUGGGACUUCGUGUUCUUGCAGCCUUGCCACUGCCAUGGCAGCAAAGAUGCUCUUCUCUGCAUGAGCACCCACAUCUAAUAUUGGAGGUUCUACUGAUGAGGAAACAGCUGCAAUCUGCUGCUCUGAUCCUCAAAGAAUUUCCAUCAUUGAGAGAAAUUAGUGUCAUUGUCCCAUAUGCUGCUAAAGCCAUUGCAGUGAGCAUAAGUUCUCCGUCCAGAGAACCACGGAUUUCUGUAUCUGGAACAAAACCAAAACCAAAAACGAGAACAGGUGUACCUGCAAGGUCAUCUUUUACUAGCAGUUUAAGCAACUUGCAAAAAGAGGCUCGCAGAGCUUUUUCUUGGACCCCACGAAAUACUGGAGAGAAGAAUGCUACUAAAGAUGUUCAGAGGAAAAGAAAGAAUUCUGGAUUACCAGCAUCUGAAAGAGUUGCUUGGGAGGCAAUGGCAGGAAUUCAAGAGGAUCGGGUAUCAUCAUAUUCGGUAGAUGGACAAGAACGACUGCCUUCUGUUUCAAUUGCUGAUGAAUGGAUGCUCACGGGAGAUGCUAGCAAGGACCAAGCUGUUCGUGCAGCACACAAAUUUGAAAGUGCCCCUGAUAUUAUUCUUUUCAAGGCUUUACUUUCACUGUGCUCUGACGAAUUGGUGUCGGCCAAAAGUUCUCUAGACUUAUGCAUGAAUCAGAUGAAGAAUCUGUUAAGCUCACAACAAUUACCUGAGAAUGCAUCCAUGGAAACAAUUGGUCGGGCUUAUCAUGCCACUGAGACAUUUGUACAGGGGCUACUGUAUUCUAAAUCCCUACUUAGGAAGCUUGUUGGAGGGAGUGACUUAUCAAGUAAUUCUGAGAGAAGUAGGGAUGGGGAUGAUGCAUCUUCAGAUGCUGGUAGCUCUAGUGUGGGUAGUCAGUCCACAGAUGAGCUAUCUGAAAUCUUGUCACAGGCAGAGAUUUGGCUGGGACGUGCCGAGUUGCUUCAAAGCCUUUUGGGAUCAGGAAUUGCUGCCUCGCUCGAUGAUAUCGCUGAUAAAGAAUCGUCUGCUCGUCUCCGGGAUAGGUUGAUUGUUGAUGAACGGUAUAGUAUGGCUGUAUACACUUGCAAGAAGUGCAAGAUUGAUGUUUUCCCAGUGUGGAAUGCAUGGGGACAUGCUCUGAUCAGGAUGGAACACUAUGCGCAAGCUCGUGUUAAGUUCAAGCAAGCUCUUCAGUUGUACAAGGCUGACCCAGCACCUGUCAUUCUAGAGAUUAUCAAUACAAUUGAAGGAGGUCCACCAGUGGAUGUGUCAGCUGUUCGUUCUUUGUAUGAACAUUUGGCAAAAAGUGCACCUACAAUCUUGGACGAUUCUCUCUCCGCUGAUUCAUAUCUCAAUGUCUUGUACAUGCCGUCCACAUUUCCACGUUCAGAGAGAUCUAGGCGCUCUCAAGAGUCCACAAACAAUAAUUCAGCCUCUAAUCCUGACUUUGAUGAUGGACCUCGGAGCAAUCUGGACAGCAUCCGUUACGCAGAGUGUGUUAGUUACUUACAAGACUAUGGUCGUCAGCAUUUGCUUGGCUUUAUGUUUAGGCAUGGUCACUACACUGAUGCUUGCAUGUUGUUCUUUCUUCCAAAUGCUAUUCCCCUGCCUCCUCAACCUUCAGCACUUGGUGUUGUAACUUCAUCUUCAUCCCCUCAAAGGCCAGAUCCUUUAGCAACCGAUUAUGGGACUGUUGAUGAUUUAUGUGAUUUGUGUAUUGGUUAUGGUGCCAUGUCUGUUCUGGAGGAAGUAAUCUCAACAAGAAUGGCAUCUGUAAAAGAGGAGGAUGUGGCAGUACUGCAACAUACCGCUGCUGCGCUUGCUCGAAUUUGCAGCUACUGUGAAAAUCAUAAACAUUUUAAUUAUCUAUACCAGUUUCAGGUAAUAAAAAAGGACCAUGUUGCUGCUGGACUAUGCUGCAUUCAACUAUUUAUGAAUUCUUCUUCACAAGAAGAAGCUGUUAAACACUUGGAACAUGCAAAGAUACACUUUGAUGAAGGAUUAUCAGCUCGAUACAAAGGUGGUGACUCUACUAAGCUUGUGACGAAGGGUGUUAGAGGAAAAAGUGCCUCAGAGAAGCUUACUGAAGAAGGCCUUGUAAAGUUUUCUGCUAGAGUAUCAAUUCAGUUGGAAGUUGUGAAAUCCUCAAAUGAUCCUGACGGGCCACAAUGGAAACAUUCACUUUUUGGAAAUCCAAAUGAUCCAGAAACCUUCAGGAGAAGGUGUGAAAUAGCAGAGAGACUCGUGGAAAAGAACUUUGAUUUGGCUUUCCAAGUCAUUUACGAAUUUAAUCUUCCUGCCGUUGACAUAUAUGCUGGUGUUGCUGCAUCACUAGCUGAAAGGAAAAAGGGUGGCCAAUUAACAGAGUUUUUCAGAAACAUAAAGGGAACUAUAGAUGAUGAUGAUUGGGAUCAGGUCUUGGGGGCUGCAAUAAAUGUAUAUGCAAAUAAACAUAAAGAACGCCCUGACCGUCUCAUCGACAUGUUAACAAGCAGUCACAGGAAAGUGCUGGCCUGUGUUGUCUGCGGACGCCUAAAAAGUGCAUUUCAGAUAGCUUCGCGAAGUGGAAGUGUGGCUGAUGUUCAAUAUGUAGCUCAUCAGGCGUUGCAUGCAAAUGCGCUACCAGUGCUUGAUAUGUGUAAACAAUGGCUGGCACAAUAUAUGUAGUAAUUCGUUGCUCAAGAAGAGACAUCUCAUUCAAGGCACAUUUUGGCUUAUACAUUUGAUUGAAUAGAGUAUUGUAAAGCUAAGGAUGAUCAAUCACUACAUCAAGCCCGGAAUUCAUAUGACAAUGAACACCCAUAAAAAGCUGCGCUGGAAGCAUUUGAUCUGUGGACUGACUCGGUCGCGCUGCAUUGAAUUACUGACCAAGUUUGUAAGAUGUGCAGAAAAAGGUAUCAAUUUUGAGACUCGCCAAAAAAAUUGCAUUUUAGCAUAUAAAGAUUCAAAACUAUUUAUGUAUAGAGAGGUUUAUAAACUAUUGAACAAGAGAAAAAAAAAUCCGAUCACAAGUAGAAACUGAAGAUGAGAGCCACGGGGUGGGGGUUUUAGUAGUGAAAUUGUUUUGGAAAAUAAUAAGCAGGGCAGUAGCUUCUCAAUUUUGAAAAUAUAUAAUGAUAAUUGGUUAUUGUAAUUAGAUGCUUGAAAGUGUGAAUAAAAGGGUGUAUAUUAUUAAGUGUCAA